AUUUCUCUCUCCCUUUGUCUAUUUGCUUUUUUUCUUCCUAGCAGCUCUGAGCGGCCUAGCUGCUUCCUCUCUCCCUCACGUCUAAGAUGGCAAGGCCCAGUGUCCUCACUUCAAACUGCUCCCAUCUCCAUCAGUCCCCAAGCAACCUCAUCUCUCACACGGGCUUUCUAUAACCCAGGGACUCCUGACUGGAAGUCUGGGUUUCUCUUUGGGGGAUUAAAAUAAAUGACUAGCCUGUCGUGUCACUGAGGAUGUUAAGCAUGCAAACCUGCUGUCUACUUGAGCCCUGAGUGGCUGUGUUUGAUGUGUUCCAGAGGGUCUUCUGAGGACACAGCUGCUUCUGAAGGUGAGGAUGCUUGGGAGGGACCCUAUGGCAGGCUGCUGCUGGCCACCACAGCCACGGUCAAAAGGGGCCGCAGGAGGCAGGCGCGACAGCUGCACCUAUAUGCCAACGUCUUGCUCAUCUCUAGCUCAAAGUUUGAAAGCAACUUCACCAUCAAGCACUCGGUGCCCCUGCGUAGCCUGUGGGUGUCUGCCUACUUGGAGAGGUCCAGGAGAGCCACCAGCAGAGACCGGAGGUCACUGGUUCUAGGCUGGCCCAGGAACAGCUUCGUGGUCACUUUCUCGUCUGUUCAGCAAAAGCAGGAGUGGCAUUCCUGUCUGGAGAGCUGCAUGGUUCUUGCUAACGACAGGGACCAGCCUGGAAUGACUCCCCAGGACACCCUUCCUGUACAGAGGGAGGAUGGGGCAUGCGAGCCCUUCCACCUGGAGCAGAUGACUUCAGAGACCUCAAGGCAGCUGGUCCCUAAUCCCAGGCAGCAAGGAAGGAGCCAGCAGGGGAGAGGUGUCCUUGCUGAUGGGAGAGGCUCCAGGAUGGGAUUCCGGGGCAACACCAGGAACUCCCAGCCCCUGGGAACCCUGUUGGAUGAGCACUCCUUCUCCAUCAUGUAUCAGCAAGAAGCCACCUGGCAGCAGUCCCUGUUCAUGCAGAUGCGCGUGGCUCCGGUCAUACUGCGGGGCCCAUCCACGCUGGCCCUGGGUGCAGCUCAGUGCCCCCCAUCUGUGCGGGUCCGUAGGGACCGGGGAGCCUGCAGUAGACCACAGGAUAGCAGCAGCACGGUCCUGCGUUGUUCCAGUUACAGCAUCUUCACUGGAGUGACUGGCCCCAUAAUAUGUGUUCUUGCACAGCAUGAGAUGUGUCUGACUUCUAAGGAUAAUGAGACCCCAGACACAGUGAUGGGGCACCAACAAGACUGUGGACAGGAAAUGGGUGAGCUGCCAACCACUGAGCUGCUGUCCCAGAGACCACAAGACUCCACUUCUGUCUUCAUCAUCACAGAGCCCUAUGAUCUGGAGCAGACCUCUGAGGAGACCCCAGGUGCUGAGAUGAGUCAUCACCUGUUCAUUUGCUUGUUCAGAAACUUGUCUCUUGUUGGUCACCACCACAUCCACAUCAACCUCCGUUCUCAUUUGCUUGUACAGACACAUUAUGAUGUGAAGGCGUGUGUUUUCAGACACAAUGGGAAUAAUAUUGUCAUCUGUUAGUUAAGAUUUGGCUCAAGAGACAUUGUCAUCAGGAUACUAGGAUGCUUUCGAGGAAGAAGGCACUACAGAAGUACAUAGGGGACAUGAACAAGGAGUACCAGACUCUGGAUCAGUGCUUGCAGCAUCCUUCUGUGCAUGAAGGGGACUGGAGGUCUGUGAAGUGGAGGCAUGCCCAGUUGACACUACUGGUAGCCAUCUUCCAGGAAAUCCAAGAGGCUGAGUGAGCCAUAGAGGAGCUAGCCUCGAUGUGUGCAGGUAAAUGAAAUGUGUUGGUUUUCUAAACUGAACAGCUUUGCUGGAUUCA